AGUCGUUAAAACGACUAAUUUAUGUAUUUUUUACACUUUGCAUUUUCAUGCUGACGCAACGUAGAUGUUAAAGAGCUUUAUGACUCCGCAUUUUCACCCAAAGCUGGAACAAUUUGUUGCCUAGCAACGUACCGUAAGCCUAACAACUGAAAUCUCUGAAAGCCAAGCCGUCAGCUGCAGAAAACUGUCAUGGAUGCUUCGCAUUUCUAAAACUUGACCCGUUUCAGAUGAGCCGUCUAAAGCCAGUCUCACAGCGCGACAUGGACGAGGUCUGUGAAAAUGAAGAUGGCAGCCAGAUGUGCUCAUCAUCAGUUUGUGCAGAUACAUUCCAGUCCAGUCAGACACAAAGCAGUGACAGUAACAGGUCUACUGCUUUCAACGAGGAUGAAUACCCAGGUUUGGAUUCUGUGAUCUAUGAGAUCCAAGAGGUCAGAAAGAUCCAAAAGAACCUUGAGAAAUGCCUGCAAGCCUUGCAAACCACAUAUCACCAGGACCACAUCAUGAUCCACCAGGCCCUAGAAGAAGAAAAAUCAAGGUGGAAUCUUUUAGAGCAGAAACUCAUUGAUCAGACUGAACUUAAUCAGAGGGAAACAGAGGACUUAAAAGAAGAGAUAACCAGCACAAAGGAGAUGAUUGAAUAUCAGUCUAAUGACAGAAUAAAGGAGUUUUUUGUGGAGCUGGAGACAUGUCAGAACCAUCUCCUGAGGCUUGAGCUGCAGCAGCAACAACAGGUGCAUAUGGAGACACCUGAGGAAAUCACAGCACAGACCAUUCUUGGAAAAGUUAUCAAAGGGCUGCUUGUUGUUACGUCAGCUCUCUUAGCAUUUGUGUGUACAGUGAGCCACGCUGUCUUGUUUUUUAAAUCAUCCAGCCAAAUUCUCUCUACUCUGCUCUUAGCAGUCCUUCUCCUCCUCAUCAUAAAGUACUUUUUCCAGAGUUAGACCAUGUAUUCCCCGGACUUUGAUCUCCCAGAAAUGGGAGGGUUAUUAAAAUUGUUUCUGGUA